UCUAUUACUUUGAAAUUCAAUGACAAUUGGAUUCCUCCUAUGCAUAUGGGAUCAUUUCAUGUGCAAUCUUGCACGUUAGGCCCUUCUUUCCCCAAAUGGCUUCAAACACAAAUGAGUUAUCCUUUCUUGAUGUUUCUAAUACUGGGAUCUUAGGUAUAGCAACAAUGACCUCUUUUCUUUGCUCCCCCAAGGAAAGCUUGAUCUUUUUAAACAUGUCAAACAACCACUUCAAAGGACAACUUCCAAAUUGUUGGAAUCACUUAAAAUCAGUAAGAGUUAUUGAUUUGAGUAAUAAUGAAUUCUCUGGGAAAAUUCCAACUUCUAUGGGUUCAUUACUCUUGGUUCGACACUUAAUUUUGCGCAACAAUCACUUCAGAGGCCAACUUCCAUCCUUGAAGAAAUGCACCAACUUGAUAAUGUUGGAUGUGGGACAAAAUGAAUUAUCAGCACCCAUCCCUCCAUGGAUAGGAUCUAGCCUUUCUAAAUUGCAAGUUCUUAGCUUGACAAAAAACAACUUCUUUGGAAAUUUGCCACUGAAUUUUUGUCAUAUCACAACCAUUCAAGUCUUAGAUCUUUCACUAAAUAAUUUAUCUGGACAAAUACCAAGAUGUCUCCAGAAUUUCACUGCAAUGACUACAAAACCUAGCAUCAUGGAGGGCAUUGAUGAAUUCUUUGUCCUUCAGAAUGGUUCUGCCUUAUCUAUGAUUUGGCAUGAUUUUUAUCUUGUCAUUAAGUGGAAAGGAAAAGAAUUGCCAUUCAAAAAUAAUAGAAGACUUUUGAAGUUUAUCGAUCUCUCCAAUAAUCAACUAGUUGGGGAAGUUCCAAAAGAAAUUGGAAGCCUCUCAGAACUAGUAUCUUUAGAUUUAUCAGGUAAUAAUUUGAGUGGUGAAAUCCCUUGGGAGGUUGGAAAGUUACAUGCCCUUGAUUUUCUUGAUCUAUCAAGAAACCACUUGUCAGGAAGAAUCCCUUCAAGUCUUUCUAAAAUUGAUAGGCUUGCUGUCUUGAAUUUAUCCAAUAAUAAUUUGUUUGGAAAGAUUCCGUUGGGAACACAGCUCCAGAGUUUUGAUGCCUCUGUGUAUGAAGGAAAUAAUCUCUGUGGGAGUCCACUUGAAAAACUUUGUCCUGGCGAGAAAGAAUUAGAAGGCCCUGUGGCUGUCAUGAAACCAGAAGAAGAGGAAGAUGAUUCCAUUUUGAGCCAAGGAUUUUACAUAAGCAUGGGUUUAGGAUUUGCCACUGGAUUUUGGGCCAUCUUUGGUUCCUUGCUUCUGUUCCGUUCUUGGAGACAUGCCUAUUUCAACUUCCUAUAUACUCUGUACGAUAGAAUUAUAGUUCUCACAAUCAUCAAUGUAGCAAGGUGCCGCAAGUUCUGCGCAAGAUGAGUGUAGGAUGAUGAGAGAAGUCCAACUGUUCGAAGUUUGAAUGCAUGCAUGGAUGGGGUGAUUGUCAGAGAGGCAAUUUGGUGUAGAAGCAUCUAUAAGCAAUGGGAUUCUACUUCCUACUAGAUAAUAAAGCAUCCUUAAGUGGUCAUGUUAAUUAAAUUAUUUACCAUUGUUACACUUGUCUGUGUGUGCUUUUUUUUUUUUAUUUGGUUUGAUGAAACUGUUUUCGU